GGCCGCUGUAAUUACUGCCAAGUUGGAACAGUUCUCCACAGCCAGCCGGACAACCGCGAUCUACUCCACCACAGGCGACCUCCAGCGCCGUCGACCAGCAACCGCACAGGUCACCGUCGUUCUCCGGCUGCUUCACCCCGUCAACCCAGUCGCUGCCAGCGAACUCCUGAUCCCUCUCGAUCGGCACUAUUUUAUUAUUAUUAUUUUUUCAAAAUCCUAGGAAACCCUACUAGGAAACGGACUACAUCACACGCUUGUUGUUGGAAAUGUUUGAAGGUUUAGUUCGGCAGUUGCUAUUGGGUUACCUUGGCCAAUACAUUCGGGACAUUCAAACGGAGCAGCUCAAGAUUACUCUGUGGAACGAAGAAGUAUUAUUGGAAAAUGUUGAGCUGAUUCUUGAAGCUUUUGAUUACCUUCAGUUCCCAUUUGCUUUAAAGCAAGGUCAUGUUGGCAAGUUGAGUAUUAGGAUUCCAUGGAAAAAGCUUGGCUGGGAUCCUGUUAUAAUCAUCUUAGAGGAUGUAUUGAUCUGUGCCUCCCAACGAGAUGAAAAAGAGUGGAGCAUGGAUGCUGUUGAGAAAAGAGAAUUUGCAGGAAAAAAGGCCAAACUUGCUGCGGCUGAACUUGCAAAGUUAUCUAGACGUGUCUGUGAUAGUCAGUCUGGAAAUUCAUUUAUUUCACACAUUGCUGCAAAGAUUCUUGACAGCAUCCAAGUGUCUAUUAGAAACAUGCACGUUCUCUAUCGUGAUAUGCUGACUACAUCGGCAGUGACUGUAUUUGGUUUGAAGUUUUCAAGCUUGACAAUUAUGAAGCAACAUUUUCCUGGGUCUUCUACUGGGAAAGUAAGGGGAGGCCAAGUGAACAAAAUUGUUGAAGUUCAAGGGUUGGAACUUUACUGCAAUACUUUUCAAGGAUCUGAUAAGUUGAUGAGUGUGGACAGUGCUGUGGGUUCCAAAAUUUGGGGGGGUGCACUAUUGCAAGCUAAUGAAAAAGUUAAUUUAUUGGCUCCAUUGGAUGUUACCCUGUCUCUUUCGGUGAAUCGAUCAGGGGGGCUUGAUAGCAGUGCUCCACAGUAUUCAGUAAAUGUUGAAUUAAACAACGUGCACAUUUAUGUGGAUGAGGUUCAAAUACAACAAAUCUUGAGCUUCUGUGAUUAUUUGUUGACAUCUCAAUUGCGAGAAAAGUAUGGACGCUAUCGGCCUUGGUGGAGUCCUAUGGAUAAGAAGCUGAAAGGGUGGCAGAUAGCUUGGUGGCAUUAUGCUCAACAGUCUGUUCUCUUGGAUGUUCGAAAAAGAUUGAGGAAAAUUUCCUGGAAGUACCUUGGAGAGAGGCUAAAUCGUCGUCGAAAGUAUGUGAACUUGUACAAGACAAAACUGAAAUUCCUUCAUCAAGACCAGGUGAUUGCUGAAGAUGUGAUGCAAAUGCUAGAGGAAAUAGAGAAAGAAUCUGAUAUUGAUGAGAUCUUAAGUUACAGAUUUGUUGCAGAGCGUGAGCUGCAGGACGUUUUACUUGCUUCCUCGUCUAACAGUGUGAAUACUGGUAAACCUAUCGAAGAUGAAAAGCCAUUCAGCAGGCCCCGUGGAUGGUUGAAUUGGUUAUCUCAUGGGAUGCUUGGGGCUGGUGGUACAGAUGAUUCUAGCCAAUUUUCGGGCAUUAUUUCAGAUGAUGUAAUCAAGGAUAUCUAUGAAGCAACUAAGUUCCAGCCUGUACAAUCUCUAAAUGUGGAUGCUGCAGAAAGUGCCAAAGGCUGUAUAUCAUCAAUCAUGUUCAGCAUUAAUCAACUUUCAGUUGCUUUGCAGAGCAUGAAAUUGGGUUGUGCCAUUGCCCAUCUUAUGCUGAAUGAGAUUUCAAUUGGAUUUGAGACAUGGGAGGAAGAGGCAGUAAUUAGUGCCAGAAUUAGCUCUGGUGAGAUGCUGAAUCCUGUCAACAAGGGACUCAUCCUACUCAUGAGGAUGAACCAUGGUGAACGCAUAUUUGACAUUCCACAGCCUUUUGUUAAUAUCCAUGUUGAUGUUUCUUCUCCACAGAGAGAUGCCAACCUAUCAGUUAAGGCCAUAAUUCAGCCGCUGGACGUGACGUAUGAUGCAGAAUUUGUAAAGAAUAUUCUGGCUCUUUUAUAUGUUGUGAACGAGUUCAAGUCUUUGAAUUACAGGAUCCUGUUAUCCAUGAAUGGGAUUGACAACAUCAAACCCAGACUUCUGUCUAAGGUUGACUAUAUUUUAUCAAGUCGCAAGAAGAUUAUUUGGGAUGCUAGUUUCGCAGCUGUUGUUAUCAACUUUCCCUGGAAAAAUGCAAACUCUGAAGUGCACAAACUGGUAUUUGAAGUGGGCGAGUUGUCUUUUGUCUCUAAAUAUGAUAAGGGAUCUUUUACGGUAACUUCUGAUUUCUCAGAUGAUUUUCUUGACGGUUAUCUUCUCCAAGAUUUCUAUGAGCAUUUUAAGAUCAAUAUAAACAAUUUUCAGGUAAAUUUAUUGACUUCUUACUCUUCUGCGCCUCUCCCCCUUCUCGAAAAGUUUACUGGUUCUAUUGCCCUGGCAUUGUGCAUUAUUCCUGAUGAACCAAUAUUGAAAAGACUUGAGGUUGACAUGGAGAUUUCAUCCAUUCUUGUUCACAUUUCACUACCUCUAUAUGCAUCACUUACAGAACUGAUCAUAGAUUUUGUUCCACCGGAUCUGACAUCUGUUUCUUCGAUCUCAAAUAUGGUUAAUAAUAAGUCUGGUGGGCUGGCUCCCUCUAAUUGUUUUUGGCUUUCUGCCAAUGCCAAUGUGGAGUCUGUUGCUUUUUUAAUUGACCUUGAAACUGAUGCUGGGAAUCCUUGUAGCCUCAUGCUUUCAUUUCAGGAGUUAGAUAUUCGGUUUGAUAAAAACAAUUUUGCGGAAUGCUGGACUUCCAUAAAGGCACUUGAUGUCAAAUGUUAUUCAAGUCAGAUUGAAGAAAAGGACAAUGUUUUGUGCUCAUCCAGAAGUUUCUCGGGAGAAUCUUUUGGCCAGUAUGACAUUGGCACCCGAACUUGUCAUCAAAUUGGCAAUCAUAGUAAUAAAAAAAUUGUUGGGGAGCAGUUCUUUUUGUUGCAUUACAAAGCUUGCAAGUGUUUAGAAAUGAUUCGGCAUGAAUAUGCAUUAUGGCUAACUGGACUUGAUAUUCACUGCUACCCAUUUAUAAUUGGACACUUGACUGGAUUUUUUGAUAAAAUAAUUGAGUAUAAAGCAUUUACUGGAGUUGAAAAUACUGCUGGAGCAUAUGGUGAAGUAUCACUUUCAUACUCCAAUUUUCCAUGCCAAGGAUUUGGCAUCUCAGGCUUCUGUGGUUCUAGUUCUUCAAAAUGGUCUCCAUUGCAGCAGUUACCUUCUGUAUCAGUUCAAAAUUCUUGCUCUCUUUCCAAUCCUGAAAGUCCACUUAUCUCAGCCACCCCUGAGCAGUGGAAAUAUUCUUAUCCAAGAGAUUGCAAGAUCAGGAGUUGUGCAUUUAACUCAAAUGAGAAAUCUAAUGCACAGCCCACAUUCUUGUCUAAUCCUUCCUGCCCUCAAAUUAAUGUUGCCACGAUGUACUUCGUUAAUUUAGAUAUUGGUGGUCUCAGGAUCCAUUUUCAUGAUUCUUGUAGCAUUCUUGGAAGUGUUUCUUUACCUAAUCUGAGGUCAGAAUUUUCCAUUGGUGAAAACAAUUUAGAUGUGCUUUGCUUUUCUAAGGGACUGAUUCUUUCUUCACCAUGGUGGCCUCAGCCAAUCCAUGAUUUUCUUUGGGGUCCCUUGACACCCACUUGUCCUCCAAUUCUGAACUUAUGUGUGAGGAAAGAAACUGCUAAAUCAAUCUUGGAAAUGAGCUUUGAUAUCCAGCAUGUGUCCUGUGUUCUUCCUCCUGAAUUUCUGGCUGUCAUAAUAGGUUACUUUUUGUUACCUGAUUGGGGCGCUAGCCUGAAUAAACCACAUAUAGUUGAAAACUCUGAUCAUACUGACAUAUUAGGCAAUGCAUCUGUCACAUAUAAAUUUGAGAUAUUAGACUCAAAUUUGUUUGUACCUGUAGGAUUAGAUGGAAACCAAUAUCUAAAACUUGACAUUCCUCAGUUGUGCGGUAGUUUCAUUGAAAAUGUAGAUCUAGAGUCUGCCCUUAAUAAUGUUCCAUCAGAAUGUUUGGUCAAAGCUGAUGAAGUUGCUCAUGGAAACCAUUGCUUAAACUUAUCUGGGCGUGACUUGUCCCUAUCAUUAUUGUCGAUAAAAGACAUGCCCGAGUGCUCAGGUUCCACUCACAUUCCCAGGAAAAUGCAUAUUACCUUGAUUUCUCCUCUCACUGUUGAAUUAUGGGUGAGAAUGCCUUCUCAGUGUGAGCCUCCUAAGGUGUUAGCCUCUUGUCCAAUAUUCAUCAUGGUUAUGGUCAGUGAUUGUCAGCUUACAGCUGAAGGUGAUUCUCUAAUUGUUGGAUAUGAAGCAUUGGUGGACGGCAUAAAUCAGUUUUCCAUGAUUGAGAAACAAUCCAAGGCAUUCAAAUCUAAUAUUUACCAGUUCUUUGAAUUCAAGAAGUUACUAGUGGAAGAUAAUGCAUCUCCACCUGAAUCAUCUGCGGCAAACUUAAUGAUACUCCGUGCAUGUAUAAAGUCAAUGUCCUUAAGACUGUGCCGUACAAAAGGAGAUUCUGUUGCUGCUGAUGUCAUUGCAGAGGCUAAUUCACAAUUUACUUGCACUGCAUCAUUUAGAAAUGAUGAACUUCAAUGCCUAAAGAUUUCCUUCUCUACUCUAUCAUUAUUUUCAUUACUCAAUUCAGUUAUGCUUGCAGAAUGCCCUUCUACUUCCACUAUUUCUGUUCUGGACUUGACCUAUUUAAUAUCAAAGGAGAACGGAAGUAUACUUCUACUGUCCAUUCCUUCAGUUGAUUUUUGGCUGCAUACAUCUGAUUGGGGCGAGUUGGUCAACUUAGUUCAGUCUUUUGUUCAACAACAGCCUGUAACUCAUACUUUGAGCACCCCGCCAGAGAAUCUCACUUUCGUUCUUGUGGAUGAAAUUGAAAAUGAGGCAAUUGAUACUUUAAGACACUCUCAUAGGCUUCCAAAUUUUUCAUCUUGCUCUGGUUCUGAAUAUGUGAAGCCUUCUACUGUAUUCCCCAGAGUAGAGCUUGAAAUUGUUGGCACAACAGUUCACAUUCCUGUUUGGGUGAGAAAAGAUGCAUUUGACAUCUUUGAAGGAAAUCAGAAUGAUCAUCUGGAUGACUUACGAAGCAUGAUUUAUGGAAAUCAGCAUGGCUUUAUCACAGUUAAGUUGCAAAAGGGAACUGUCAAACUGGCUAUUGAUGGGAAAGGUAUGAGGCUUGAACUCUGUCUGGAUCAUACAAAGGGGUCAGUGGAGCUCCGUGGGGAAGAUAAAUUACACACAUUGCCUCUUUUUCAAUUGUUUCAAGUCAAUUUGGAUGCUGAAAUUUCUUCUUAUCUGGUGAACGGGAUCUGCGGGAAACUGGACAUCCAAUGUGAUAGUCUGGAUGUGUGGCUUUCGAAUCAUAUAUUUUACUUCUGGUGUUUUGUGCAUUUUCAAAAUCAGGCUGCUGACACUUCUCAAUUCAUUAUCAAUUGCAUGGAUUCAAAAGUCCACUUGAGGAAGCUGUCUCUUUUUUUGACUAAUGGGAAGUGGAGUUCUACUGGACCUCUGAUGGAGUUUUUGAUCCAAAACUUACUCCUUCACUCAAGCUUAAAUGACAAAGAAAUUCAGGUGUCAGUUGUGGGUGAUAUACAAGCCUACUAUAACAAUAUUGACAAGGUGUUGUGGGAACCAUUUAUAGAGCCCUGGGGUUUCCAGCUAUGCUUAAGCAGAAUACAUGACAAGACUUCACUUCUAAGUACUGAAGCUUCUACUGAGAUUCGUCUUGAAUCUACUUCUCAGCUUAAGUUGAACAUCACUGAAUCCCUUGUUGAGGUUGCUUCUAGGACAACUGAGGUAAUUAGAGAUGCUUGGAACACAGCAGAGAUUAGGACUAGUUCAGAAAGCCUAAACUUGCAUAGUGAUCGUUUAAAUGUGAAUUUGGAUGGCAGAAGACAUGCUCCAUAUGUACUACAGAAUUUGACUUCCUUGCCUCUAAUGUUUUAUGUCUAUAAAGGGCAGCAAGCCAGCAGUAAUUUUAGAGUAUCACUUACAAAAAGUGGAAAGCUUUUGCAACCAGGUUUUUCUAUUCCUAUUGAUGUGGAAGAAACUCCAGAAAAACAACAUAUACACUAUAACUAUGCUCAAACCUCAGAUAAACUUAGUGAUGGGCAAUCAGCAGAGGCAGCUCAUCAUUAUAUCUCUAUUCAACUUGAGGGAACAUCAAUGCCAUCUGGUCCUAUUUCAAUGGAUCUUGUAGGUCUGAGGUACUUUGAGGUGGAUUUUUCAAAAUCAUCUAGUAAAUCUGAUGCUGUUACAAAUGAAGAUGCUUCAAAAAUAUUCAAAAAGAUUGAAGGGCAAGUUAGCACAGGUUCAGAAACUGGAUUUGUUGUUCCCGUGGUUAUUGAUGUUUCCAUUCAGCCUUAUACUAAGAUGGUGCAGUUGUACUCGACGGUGUUACUCUCAAAUGCAACUUCAGAACCACUUGAAGUGCGGUUGGAUAUUCCAUUUAGUGUAUCUCCGAAGAUUCUGGAUCCCAUAUAUCCUGGUCAGCAAUGUCCUCUUCCUCUUCAUUUGGCUGAAGCAGGCCGCAUGAGAUGGCGUCCUCUUGGCAAUGCUUACUUAUGGAGUGAAGCAUAUAAUAUUCAAAAUAUUCUUUCACAUGAGAGUAGAAUCAGCAUCUUGCGUUCCUUUGUUUGCUAUCCAUCUCAUCCAAGCAGUGAUCCAUUCCGCUGUUGCAUAUCAGUUCAUGAUUGGUGCUUACCUUCAGUUGGGCUACCUAGGAUGGGUGCAUUACGGUCCAAUAAUGAUACACUUAGACCUUCUUCUGAAAUUCGUAAUGAAUUGUCACAUGAUAUGAUUAGAUCCAAAAAGAGGUAUGUCCACCAGUUGACUCUAAGCAGCCCACUAGUUUUGAAAAACUAUCUUCCAGAGGCUGUAUCGAUCACAAUAGAAAAUGGAGGUGUUACAAGUUCUGCAAUAUUGUCAGAGGUGGAAAAUUCCUUUUUUCACAUUGAUUCUUCACAUGACUUGACAAUUACUUUCCAAUUGCGUGGAUUUAACCCUUCAUCUAUGAAAUUUCCACGUGCUGAAACAUUUUGUGAGACAGCUAAGUUCAGUGGAACAAGAUUUUCUCUGUGGGAAACCAUCGUCUUUGAUUCUAAAUCAAGCUCCGGCCCUUUAUGCAUUACUUUUGAGAAGGUAAUGGAUGCAUUCUCUGGGGCCCGUGAAAUUUGCAUUUCUGUUCCAUUUCUACUAUAUAAUUGCACGGGUUUAUCACUUGUUGUAUCCAAUGCUGUCAAUGGGACAAAGGGGCAUUGUUGCAUUGUUCCUUCAUGUUACGAUUUGGACAAGCAAGACCUGGUCCCAAGCAGGAAGGAUGGUCUUAGCCUCCUAUCACCUAUUAUUGAUUCUGAUAUAGCUCCAUAUGACAAUAGCUUCCCAAUAUCAUCCACGAAUAGUUACCCUAUCUUGAAUUCAAAUGACAACAGAUUAUCUGAUAAUCAUUCAAAGUCAUUACAUUCAUCCACAGUUGUACAUCGGUAUUCACAUAACCAUGGUCUAUAUACUCAAAAGUCAUCUUCUUCUACUUUCAAGAAUCAGUCAGGGUCAAGUAGCCAAUCCAGUUUGAGGUCUUCUGAUUUCCUUGAAAAUGAAAGUGACGUGAUUAAUUGCUGCAUGUAUUCUCCCGAUUCAAGUUUCUCUUCUGAUAAAAUUGUAGUUAAGGUCAGUAGAUUCCUGUCUGCUUGUGUUACACAUAAUACCCCUGAGUCUUGGUCAAAUGCUUUUUCCCUUGUUCCCCCUACUGGUUCAACUUCUGUUGUUGUUCCACAACCAUCCAAAAGUUCUGGGUACGUAAUGUCUGUUAGUGCUGUUGCUGCACCAUUUUCAGGAAGGACAAAGAUUAUUACUUUUCAACCCAGAUAUGUGAUCAGUAAUGCCUGCAACAAGGACCUGUGCUACAGGCAAAAGGGAACUGAUGUUGUUUUUCUAUUGGAGGCUGGACAACAUUCCCAUAUUCGAUGGACAGAUACAACAAGAGAAUUACUAGUUUCUAUCCGUUUUGUUGAACCUGGAUGGCAAUGGUCAGGAUGCUUCUUGCCUGAACAUUUAGGUGAUACUCAGGUGAAAAUGAGAAACUUUGUUUCUGGUGCUGUUAAUAUGAUUCGCGUAGAAGUGCAGAGUGCUGAUUUCUCCAUUAGAGAUGAAAAGAUUGUUGGAAGCCCACGUGGAAACUCUGGGACAAACCUGAUUCUUUUGUCAGAUGAUGACACAGGCUUUAUGCCAUACAGGAUUGAUAAUUUCUCAAAGGAGAGACUACGCGUUUACCAACAAAAGUGUGAGGCUUUUGAAACAAUGAUUUACUCCUACAGUUCUUGUCCUUAUGCAUGGGAUGAACCUUGUUACCCGCAUCGUUUAACUGUUGAGGUUCCUGGUGAACGUGUCGUAGGAUCAUAUACUCUUGAUGAUGUAAAGGACUACACACCUGUUUGUUUAUCAGCAACUUCUGAGAAACCUGAAAGAACUCUGCUUGUUUCUGUCUGUUCUGAAGGAGCAACUAAGGUUCUUCGCAUUAUUGAUUCAAGCUGCCAUGAUUUAAAUGAUUCAAAGAGCCCAUGUCUUCCACAGUUGAAAGAUAAAGGAAAGAAUGCCAGGAAGCUUGAAUCUGUUGCUCACUUCAAGGAGAGAAUUGUGGUUAACAUUCCUUUUGUUGGAAUAUCUUUAAUAAAUUCUAUACCAGAGGAAUUGCUUUUUGCUUGCGCAAGGAACAUUACCAUGAAUUUUGGGCAGAGUCUAGAUCAACAAAAGUUCUCCUUGCAAAUUAUGUCUUUGCAAAUCGAUAACCAGUUGCCUGGUACUCCUUACCCUGUCAUUCUAUCUUUUGACCAUAAUAUUGGCAUUACCAGUAGAGAUACAAGAGAAACAGCUAUUGGGACCCAGGAACCUGCAUUCUCUGUAGUUGUAGCAAAGUGGAGGAACAAAUAUCUUUCACUGGUUUCAUUUGAAUAUAUAGGCUUAAGAGUGGCUGAACUUCAUCUAGAACUUGAUCAAGAAGUGAUAUUGAGUUUGUUUGAUUUUAUCAAGUCAGUAUCUUCAAGGUUGCAGAGCAGAGUGUUGCAGCAUAUGAAUCCAACCCUACAUCCAAUAUUUUCUGAUUUGGAAUCAGAUUUGUCUAUCCAUUCCUGCUCUCUAGACUUUGAACCUCUGAAUUCAAAUUCUAAGCAGCACCUUGCAUCAAACACUACUUUAUUUCAUGAAAGCAGCAAGAACUCUUUGCUGCCUCCAAUAAUCCCUAUUGGUGCCCCAUGGCAGCAGAUUCACCUUCUGGCCAGAAAGCAGAAGAAAAUAUAUGUUGAAUUUCUUGAUAUGUCCUUAAUCAAACUUACUUUAAGUUUUUCUAGCAGUCCCUGGAUGCUUCGAAAUGGGGUCCUUACAUCCGGUGAAUCUCUAGUUCAUAGUGGUCUAAUGGCACUUGCUGAUGUGGAGGGAGCACAAAUUCAUCUCAAACAUUUGAUUCUAUCACAUCAGCUAGCUAGCUGGGAAUCCAUCCAAGAGAUUCUCAUUGGGCAUUACAGUCGACAAUUCCUUCAUGAAAUGUAUAAGGUGCUUGGUUCAGCUGGAGUGAUAGGUAAUCCAAUGGGGUUCGCAAGGAGUGUAACUCUUGGCAUCAAAGAUUUCUUAUCAGCUCCUUUGCAAAGUGUUUUCCAGAGUCGUGCAGGACUUAUUAAAGGCAUGGCACAAGGCACCUCCAGUCUCUUGAGCAACACUGUCUAUGCAAUAAGUGAUACAGCCACUCAAUUUAGCAAGGCUGCACAGAAGGGCAUUGUUGCAUUUACAUUUGAUGACCACAGUAUAGCAAAUAUGGAUAGACCCCAGAAAGGAAUAUCCUCCCAGAGUAAAGGUGUAAUAAAUGAAUUCCUGGAGGGACUAACUGGUCUACUACAAUCACCUAUAAAGGGGGCUGAAAAACAUGGACUUCCAGGAGUAGUCUCAGGUAUAGCCCUUGGUGUGACGGGACUCGUGGCAAAACCUACUGCUAGUGUCCUUGAUAUCACUGGUAAAACAGCACAGAGCAUUAGAAAUUGGAGCAAGCGGCAUCACAGUGGAUGCCACCGCUUUAGGGUUCGUUUGCCAAGGCAUUUAAGCAGGGAAUACCCCCUGAGGCCAUACUGUUGGGAGGAAGCAAUUGGAACAUCUGUACUCCAGGAGGUUGAUGAUAGUUUAAAUCUCAAGGAUGAGGUCCUAGUCAUCUGUAAUGCACUCAAAGAGGAUGGGAAAUUUGUUAUCAUCACUGAGAGACUCGUCUUAGUUGUAAGUAGCAAAAGUUUGGAAAAUUUGGGUAAGCCCGAGUUUCGUGGAGUUCCUGCUAACCUGGAAUGGGUGAUAGACAUGGAGAUUGGAAUGGAUAGCAUCAUCCAUGCUGAUAAUGAUGGAGAGGUGGUGCAUAUCAUAGGAAGUAGGUCAGAUAUAGUAAUGAGGCAGAAUCAGCAGAAAAGAGGUUGGGGAACAGAAGGCAAGCGAAGCUGGAACAAUAAUCCUCGUGCUCCUCUUCCAUUAUUCCAAACUGACUUGCUGUUUACAUCAAAAGAAAGGGCAACGGACUUUCUACACACACUUUUGUCUGCAAUUGACCAGGCUAAAGAGCAAGGCCGGUGCCAUGUGCAUCUUUUGCACCAAAGUAGCCUAAGGUAGAUUUUUAAACAAAUUAAAAGUGUGGCUAAAAUUAUCAUUACAAUGUUGGAGAAAAACAGCAUGAUCCUCAGGAUAUGUUAAUUGUUUUGUACAUUUGCCCCAAUUGCGUACAUAAUCAAUCAAGCUGAAAUUUGUCCUUGUCCUUUUUUUGAGGCUCAUAUUGUAAGCUGUAGGACCACUGUAAUUUAGUGUACUGUAAUGCAUUGAACUGUGGUAUUGUUAGUGCAAGGCAUUGAAAACCUGAGAAAUGCUAUAAAGAACUUGGUUUCAAGUAUGAAAGUGAAGAGAAGGUUUUUGAA